AUGGCGGAGGGGCCAGAGUUAAGUUUUUUCGAUUUGCGAACGGUACAUGAUCAUUUUGAUCAAGCUCUCGUGGAAAAUGACGAUAUUGAUCUAAAAGCAUAUCUGGAGGCCUACAAUGAACUAUAUAAAUUUUUUCAGCUGAUGGGCAGUGUCUUCAGUUUUGUCUCUUCUGAUCUGAAACAAAAGAUAGAUGUCUUGACUGAAUUAAAAAGUAAAGAUGCUCAGAAUUAUAUGACUGUUAAAUCUAUGAUUGAAUAUGAAAGAGAAAACAAACUUUUAGAGAAAGCUGAUUUUAUCAAUGGCGCACGUACUUUAUUGAGACUUCAUAGAGGCUUAGAUUUUAUUAGGGAAUUUUUACAACAACUGGGUGAUCUCACAGAUGUUGAAAAAACAACUUCUUGUUGUCAAGAUGCAUACAAUAAAACUUUGGCCAAGCAUCAUCCAUGGAUGAUCAGGAAAGCUGCAAUAGUUGCAAUGUACACUAUGCCUAGUAGGGAGAUUUUGUUCAAAAAGGUUUGCGGUGAAAAUGUUCAGCGGAAUAUAGAUGUUCUACCUAAAAUGUUGGAGGUGACUGCCGACGUGUUUAACCGCACUGAUAGCAUUUAUGAGAUUUAUCAGUUGCAUGCUCUACCAUAAACGAUCGUAGAAAAUGAAAACGAGUUCAUCUAUUUUCGGCUUUUUGAAGUAAUACAUGCGAUCAUUCCACAUUUUCGAGACAUUGUGAUAUUAUUGCAU